AUGACCGUAACUAACAGGCGGUAUCAUCGGUCACAACUUUCCACACCAAGCCAUUUCCAGCACUCGGGUAUCGCUUCGCAGCCCCAGCUAACGGGCAACAGCGGUGGUACCUCGAACCAGGACAGCAACAGUGAAGAAGAUGGCAGUGCCAUAUUUACACCCUUUCCAAAACACGUGCCCUACCCAAACGUGGAGCAAAGCUCGGAACUCAUGAACGAGCUGUUUAUUUUUUGCUUCACGAUCAUCGCUAGCGCAACACAAUUUUUGCACCUAUACCGGUCGGUUUGGUGGCUUCCAAAUUCCUACAACCGGCAGGCAGUGAAUUUUUACCUAAUCGACUGGGAUCUAGCCAUCUUUAUUGAUAUAAUGGCUAGUCGACGGCUGUUAUACUGCUGUAUACUUAAAUUUAUCGAUGCCAACUGUCCCGAGACGUAUAUGGACGUGUGCAAGAAAGCGGCCAAAUACAGCUUUCUGGCAUUCAUCGUUAUUUCAUUCGUGGGAUGUGGUGCACAAAUCUACUAUAAAGCGAGCUACAUCCAUCUAUUUGUGCUUAGCUACCCACUAGUAUUGUAUCCAAUGAUAUUCGGGCUCAAUUUGGAACAAUUUCUUCGCAUGGUCGUCGAUACGGAACCCAAUUGUAUUAACGGAAUGCCACUGCAUAGCUGCUCAUCAAACGCCGGAUCCAUUCGGGCAGAGAUCGAUGCGCUAAAGACGGACUUUAACAAUCGCUGUAAGCAGGUGAUAUUCACAUCGCUUCUGAACGCGUACUACGCCGGGUUCGUGCCUUGCGUAUUGGCUUCGAAGCAUCUGUACUAUAAUAAUUUUUGGACCACGCAACACCUGGCGUGCGUGUUUGUCGGCGGAUUCACCAUGUGCGUUACGUACUGCUUCCCAAUGCGUUACUGCGACGUGUUCCAUAGAGCAUCGCUUCAUCUCGGUCAGUGGUGCAGGGUGAACAAUCGAUCGAACAGUCUCCCUACGUACACGUGGUCGAAAACGAGUAUUUACCCGCACGGGACAAACGUGCGCCAUAUGGGGGAGGUGUUCCGAUCCAUCGGCUACUGCACUUCGGCCAUUCCAGCAAACAGCAGCCAUUAUAGAUUUUACACAAUUUUUAGCAAUCACCUAUUAAUAUAUCAGGCAUUGUUCGCGUUGCAGAUGCUGCUAAUAGUACUCCAGCUUGCCAUAUUUGCUCUCACACCCGAAUGGCAAAAUGUCCUUUCGGUUGGGUUUCUGCUACUCGUGAACUUUUUCACCUUAUUUCGAAUCGCGCGUGACUUUUUCAUCGCCAAACGGAUAUACGCAAGCGAACUGUUGUUCCUUGACAUGAAGAUGGAGUAGAAGAGCGACACUUUGGAUGUUUCCUAAGUUUGUAAUUUAUUUGAACUAAUUAA